AUGAAUAUACAUCAUCAUAACGACUUCAUUAUAACCAACGACGACGAUAAUUAUAAUAACAGUCCCAGUAAUUAUAUUGCAAGAAACACCAGGUUACCUGACAGCAGCAGCAGCGACAGCAAAAGCGACGCAUCAAUUGAACAAGAACAAGAAAUAUUGGUAGAAGACUUGGAAGAACAAUAUUGGGAAGACAAUUUUGCUCAACAAAUUACACAAGCACAAAGAUUAAUAGCUGAAAUUGAUCUUGAAAAUACAAAGAAAAAAGAAAAAGAAUUAAUAACAAGUCCAGUUGCAACUAAUAAUUUAAAUAAAGGAAAUAAGAACAACGAUAAUAAAAAUACAGAUAAUCUUAAUAUCGAAUCUGAACAAAGAAUUCCAAUAAAUAACGCAAUGGCGGACGCAACAGCAAAAAGAUUAGCAGAGAUCCAAGAAACAACACAUCUCAUGACCCUUAUGAACAAAUUAUGUAAAAGUAUUUCCAAUUACACAGAAAAAGACCACGUAGCACCGCAAUGUAAAUUAGCUAAACCUCAAAUGUCAGGAGAUAAAAAGCCUACGGCCUACGAAGAAAUGAAGGUAUGCUUCAAAUGUAGACAAAAGGGACAUUUUGCAAGUAAAUGUACUCAAGAGUUUAUCACGUUGAAGCAGUGCACAAAGUGUAAUGGUAAAAACUAUUCAGAACAAGAUUGUUGGAAAAAUAAGAACCAACAAAAAUGCCAAUUGUGUGACAGUACGGAACACAUAGCAAAAAAUUGCCCAACAAUCGUAUCGAAACCAGAAAAUGACAAAAUAUGUCAGAUUUGUGACAUUAAAGGUCAUGACGCAAGAACGUGCUACAAAAUUGGAAAUUAUGUCAGACCACAACGAAACUAUGCUUCACCAACAUGCCAAUUAUGCGGAAUAAGGGGACAUGCUGCAAAAAACUGCGGAAUGCAACGAGAAAAUCAACAACGUCCUCAAGUAAGAUUCAAUGAAAACAACACCAAUGUGGAACCAACGUAG